AGCACGAGAUCAGAUCUAUCAAGCGGUCUCUACUAUACAGUCAAUUGAUUGCCAUAUAUACCAAAUCGGUGUCUGCAUGUCUGGCAUGCACACACACACACAAGUUGACACCAUCAUGAAUGAAACACAGGCAGCAGCAGCAGCAGCAGCAAAACCAGCAGCAAGAGAAACCAGUCAGCCAACAGAGAGAGGGGAAGAACCUCCAUCGGCCAGGCCAUCCCCCACCCCUCCCUCCCCCAUCUACACCCAUCUAGCAGCUGCACGUCUUCUUGCCGGCGAUCUCCUCGCCGGUCUUCUGGAGCGUUUCGCCGUGCUGCUCCUGCUCCUCCGCCCCCGCACUCACCAACCUCGCCGCGAUGUGCUUGAACAUCUCCUUGACGCCGGCGCCUGUCUUGGCAGACGUCUCGAAGUACAUGACGGGCGCCUCGGGGUCGCUGGUGAGGUCGGCCACUUUGUUGGUGGCCUCCUCCUCGGUGACCUGCCUCUUGUCAUCGAGGUCGAUCUUGUUGCCGCACACCGUCACCACCACCGAGGACCCCCUCUCCUUGCGCACCUCCGCCACCCAGGAGUCCACCUUGUUAAAGGACGUCCGGCUGGUCACGUCAAAACACACCACCCCCACUGAGGCAUCGCGAAAGUACGACGGAAUCAACGCCCUAAACCUGCGUAAGAAACGCCCACCAUUUGUGUGUGCGGCGGCCUUGGUAUAUACGUAUCAUUCUGCGGCGGCGGACCUUUCUUGUCCUGCGGUGUCCCAUAGCUGCAGCCGCACAGGCUUGUCGCUGACGUAGAUGGUCUUGGACAGCAAAUCCAUGCCCACCGUGGCCGCGUAGUUGUCCUACAGGCAGGAAGGCGGACAGGCAACACAUACAAUCCAAUCACCACCUAUGAGUGCGUGCCGUGCGUGACUCGCAAUGCUCGACUCUGUGCGCCUCUGUGUACCUCAAAUGUGUCGUAGACAAACCUGCAGCCCAGCCGACAAUCAUCACAAACAGCAGCCAAGACGUGUCGGCUCAUGUCAUGUGUGUGUGUUGGGCGACGCUUCUUGAGUCACAUCUCACCCCACCCACCUUGUAAUGAGUGCGCUCUUGCCGACGGUCUGUUCGCCCACGAAGAUAAGCUUGAACUUGAGGGAGGCAGGGCCGCCCGGCGCGGACAUGUCGCACACACCACACGGACGGGCAGCUCAGCUCAGCUCAACCAG